AUGCCCCAAAUUAGCCGGUAUCAUGGGCGGAGGAGGUGGCGGCGGGAAUUUUCACGGGAGGAAGUUGUACGAUCUCGCCUUCUACUAGAAGCUCGGGGACGGUUCCACCAUGUCAGUAACUCCGUAGCCAUGUCCGUGGACAACAACAGCGACGGCAGCUGGGUCAGGCUUUGAUGGACGACCAGUUCCCCCCACCCAGGGAUUGGCGGAGUAUGCUGAGUGGACGAUUCAUCUGAGAAAGUUGAACCUGGGGGUGCCCUUCGCGCAGGGGGCGUUCGGGAAGCUCUACAAGGGAGCGUACAAUGGAGAGGCUGUUGCAGUCAAGUUGCUGGAGCGACCGGACAACAACCCGGAGAGGGCACAGCUUAUGGAGCAGCAGUUUGUUCGGGAAGUGAUGAUGCUCGCCACCCUGAGGCUUGCGAACGUUGUCUGGUUCAUCGGUGCGUGCAGGAAACCCAUGGUUUGGUGCACCGUCAAAGAGUACGCCGAGGGUGGCUCGGAUAGACAGUUCUUGACGAGGAGGCGGAACCACUCGGCGGCACUGAAGCUCGCAGUGAAGCAGGCGCUGGAUGUCGCCAGGGGGAUGGCAUUGUGCCCGACUUGGUGUCCAUUCAUCGGAACUUGAAGUCGGAUAACCUCCUAAUUUCGGUGUGGCCCGUAUCGAAGUCUAGACGGAGGACAUGACGCAGAGACUGGAACAUAUCGUUGGAUGGCUCCGUAAGCGAAGUGCCCUCUUCCACAUGUAAAGUAAACCCUCUAUCAAGAAUUCAAUAUCUUGAAAUUACUUGUCAACAUUGUUGA